UUUUCUUCUUCGUAAACCGCGAAAAAGGCUGGACCCUUUGCGGUGAAUCGGACAAAAUAACAAACAGAUCAUCGUAGUGUUCGGUCGGGACGAAAUUUAGAGGUUUUGCAAUUCAUUGCUUCUCAUGAUCAUAAGCUUCUCCAAUGGCGGCUACAAACGCGGAGAAGAAAUGGGUACUCCCCCUUGUGAUGGCAUCGUUCAUAUUCAUGUUUUCCAUGGCUGCUUUCUUCAACAUAGGUCUCGUCUCUUCCCUCCGCUCCAUCAAUUCAAUAUUCGCCAAGAACAAUCUCUACCAUCUACCCACGAAGGAUACCGCCACUGGUAUAUCGAAGCCUAGGCCUCGUGGGCUCCCUCGUUUUGGAUAUCUGGUUUCGGGGUCGAGAGGAGAUCUCGAGAGGCUAUGGAGAGCGUUGAGAGCGAUCUACCAUCCGAGGAAUCAGUACGUGAUUCAUCUGGACUUGGAGUCACCCAUUGAAGAGAGGAUGGAACUUUCGAGGCGAGUGAGAGAAGAUCCUGUCUUUAGCAGCGUCAAGAACGUUCACAUGAUCUCCAAGGCUAAUCUUGUAACCUAUCGUGGGCCGACCAUGGUUGCCAAUACACUCCACGCCUGUGCUGUUCUCUUGAAGAAGAGCAAAGAUUGGGAUUGGUUCAUCAACCUCAGCGCUUCAGACUAUCCUCUUGUCACACAAGAUGAUCUGAUCCAUACGUUUUCAGAACUGGAUCGGAACCUUAGCUUCGUCGAACACACGAGCAAACUAGGAUGGAAAAACGAAAAACGAGCGAAGCCAUUGAUCAUAGACCCGGGGCUUUACUUGAGAACGAAGUCCAACGUCUUUUGGGUCCAACCACGGAGAGAUCUUCCCACUGCGUUCAAGCUGUUUACCGGAUCUGCAUGGACGAUACUGUCGCGUUCGUUCGUAGAGUACUGCAUAUGGGGAUGGGACAAUCUCCCGAGGCUUCUGCUAAUGUACUACACGAAUUUCCUCUCAACGCCAGAAGGGUAUUUCCACACAGUGAUAUGCAACUCUCCAGAGUAUUCCAAGACAGUAGUGAACCACGACCUCCAUUACAUCUCAUGGGACUGGCCUCCGAAACAGCAUCCCAAGACACUGACGGUCAACGACACUGAGAAGAUGGUCGCGAGCGGGUCCGCCUUUGCUCGCAAGUUCAGACAGAAUGAUCUUGUGUUGGACUUGAUCGAUAAAGAUUUGCUUGGUCGGAACGGUGGUAGUAGCAGUAGUAGCUUCACGCCUGGUGGGUGGUGCACAGGGAAACCGAAAUGCUCUAGUGUUGGUGACCCUUCUAAGAUCGAACCAGGUCCUGGAGCUAAACGACUCGGUUCCCUUGUCACCAGACUCGUUCAGACAGCUAAACUAGGUCAUCGACAAUGUAAGUAGCUAGGGUUCAUCAUCAAGAAUCCAUCCGUUUCCAUAGUUUUUUGUUCACCCAGAUGGUGAAUGUGAUCAAGACCCUUGAUCUAUUUUUCGAUGUUCAUUAAGAGACAUACAUUAAUUUGUUUCCGAGAAUUCACAUAUUCCACGCUGUUUCUCCUUGCGGACGGAAAGAGAGACGUGAUGGCUGAUGGCCCAUGAGCAUUUCAUUUGGGCCGUAAAUAAAAACCCUAACAUAUUACCCUACAUCCAUCUUUUUGGGCUAACAGGCCCACUUUAA